AUUUUCACUCCGAGCUCAGGAGAGAGGAAGGAGGGGAGGGAGGCGGAGCGUCUGUCCUUUAAACGCGGGGCUCCAGAGGGGGCCUGAAUUUGUGCGUUUCCGGGCUCUCUGGUCCAAGUGGCUCUAAUUCUGGGGUCCCUUCCGGGCUCUCCAGCUCUUUCCUCCUUGCAUUUAAAAUGAUGAUUCCUCCUCCGCUUCUGUAAUCGCAUCUCGACCCUGCAGACCAGCUCCGGGCGCACAGUGCGGAGGUGGCCGCCGGCACGGAGAGCGCCCGGUAGGGCUCCUCAUCCCGGCUGAAGACGGGGGCGCGAAAGUAGCAGCUGCGUGCCCCGGCGCCACCCCCGGGCUCUCCUCUGGAGCAUUCGCACGAUCUGCGGCAGGGAGCGCAGCCCGAGGCGGCGCCGGGCGGCCGCAGCACCGGCGAGUCCCGGGAGCCGACCGCAGCGCCGCACAAAGUUUCCCGCGAGCCUCCCGGGGUGGCUGAGGUCCGCUGAGCCUUGGGGGCCCAGCCCAGAAAGAGGGGUGGCUGGGUCUUUCGGGGCUCCUGGCAACCCCAUUGGCCGACGCGGCGCCGUCUGAGAGUGUCCAGCGAACUUUAAAAAGGUGCCGCCGAGGAACCUGCGCCGGGGUCUCCACGGUUUGGGGAUCCGGGAGCCGACGUGCCGGGGUCUCCACGACCAGGGACCCGGGAGCGGUUGGGUCCGGCCUGAAGGAACUACUGGGAGAUCAGGUCGGCCGGUGACCCGCAACUUUCCUGCGAGACUUGGCCUCGGGGAACUGCGUGCGCCCUGCCUUCUCUUUUAUUCUUCCAGCCCGCGUUGGCGCCCUGCUCUGCUGGAGAGCUGGGCGCGCUGUCCCCCGGCUGUGAGUGAAUUGAAACCCCCUCCCGCCCCGGCGCCUCGGGGCUGAUGUGAGUGUCGCUCUCGCCGUUCUGUCGCCUCGUUUCCCCGGAGGUGACCGCUCGCCGCCGCCCUCUAUUCUCGGUGCGCCCAGCCAGGGGCGCGGAAGCCUGCGUUUCGGCUGAUAACUGGUUCUUGGUUGCUGGGCUCCUCCAGCGCGAGUGCCGAGGCGGCGAUGAGUGUCUUCCAAGUGUGGCUCGGGAUGGCUCUCACAUUGGCGGAAUUUGCAGCAUUGCCUCAUCAUUCUGAAGGUGCUUGUGUCUAUCAGGGUUCCUUGUUGGCGGAUGCCACCAUUUGGAAGCCCGAUUCAUGCCAGAACUGCCGUUGCCAUGGUGAUAUCGUUAUCUGCAAACCCGCUGUUUGCAGAAACCCUCAGUGUGCCUUUGAGAAGGGGGAAGUGCUUCAAAUACCCGCCAACCAGUGCUGCCCCGAAUGUGUGCCAAGGAUGCCUGGAUCUUGCCAUCAUGAAAAGAAAAUUCACGGGCACGGGACAGCGUGGGCCUCCUCCCCUUGCAGCACGUGCUCUUGCACUCACGGGGAAGUCCGAUGUGCCCCCCAACCGUGCCCACCACUGAUGUGUGGACACCAAGAGCUGGAAUUCAUCCCCGAAGGGAGCUGCUGCCCAGUCUGCGUGGGCCCUGGGAAAUCCUGUUCCUAUGAAGGCCGUGUGUUUCAAGAUGGAGAGGACUGGCCACUGAGUCGGUGUGCCAAGUGUGUGUGUAGAAAUGGGGUCGCCCAGUGCUUUGCAGCUCAGUGUCCUCCUCUGUUUUGUAACCAGGAUGAAACUGUACUCCGCGUCCCUGGAAAAUGUUGUCCACAGUGCUCUUCGCGGUCGUGCUCUGCUGCUGGCCAAGUGUACGAGCAUGGAGAGCAGUGGCAUGAAAAUGCCUGCACCACGUGUACAUGUGACCAGGGCGAGGUCAGGUGUCACAAACAGCCCUGCCCUCCAUUAAGAUGCGAAAAGGGUCAGAGACGGGCUCGGCUUCAGGGGCAAUGCUGUGAGGACUGUGUGUCUCCUGCUGGAAGCUGCUCGCACAGAGGGCUCGUGCGAUACCAGGAUGAUAUGUGGAAGGCCUCGGCCUGUGAGUUCUGCAUGUGUGACCGUGGCCAAGUGAUCUGCCAGACUGCAGAGUGUGCCAAAGUGGAGUGUGCCCGGGGUGAAGAAUUAAUUCACUUAGAGGGAAAAUGCUGUCCUGAAUGCAUUUCAAGGAAUGGUUAUUGUGUUUACGAAGAAAAUGCAGAAUUUAUGUCCUCAAAUGCAAGUAAAGUUAAACGUAUUCCAGAAGGAGAGAAGUGGGAGGAUGGCCCUUGCAAGGUGUGUGAGUGCCGGGGGGCUCAGGUAACUUGCUACGAGCCCUCUUGUCCUCCAUGCCCAGUGGCCACACUAGCCCAGGCGGUGGAGGGACAGUGCUGUCCCGAUUGCACAUCAGUUCGUUGCCACCCAGACUGCUUGACCUGCUCUCAGUCUCCAGACCACUGUGACCUCUGCCAGGAUCCCACCAAGUUGCUGAGGAAUGGACAAUGUGUGCACAGCUGUGGUCUGGGGUUUUACCAAGCUGGUGCUCUCUGUUUAGCCUGCCAGCCACAGUGCUCCACCUGCACCAGUGGGCUCGAGUGCUCAUCCUGCCAGCCUCCCCUGCUGAUGCAGCAGGGCCAGUGUGUGUCCACCUGUGGGAUCGGCUUCUACCAAGACCGCCACUCCUGUGCAGCCUGCCACGAGUCCUGUGCCGCCUGCUGGGGUCCCACAGAGAAGCACUGCCUGGCCUGCAGAGACCCCCUCCACGUGCUAAGACAGGGUGGCUGUGAGAGCAGCUGUGGCAAUGGGUUUUACAACAAGCAGGGGACCUGCAGUGCUUGUGAUCAAUCCUGUAAGAGUUGCGGCCCCAGUAGUCCCAGAUGUCUUACCUGUGUGGAGAAGACCGUGUUGCAUGAUGGGAAAUGCAUUUCUGAAUGCCCUGAUGGGUACUAUGCUGAUGCCACUGGGAGAUGUAAAGUUUGUCACAACUCAUGUGCCAGCUGCUCAGGACCCACGGCCUCUCACUGCACCGCCUGCAUCCACCCCCAGGCCCUGCGCCAAGGCCACUGUCUGCCCAACUGUGGAGAGGGCUUCUACCCUGACCAUGGUGUCUGCAAAGCCUGUCAUUCCUCUUGCUUGACCUGUGUGGGUCCAGCACACUCCCACUGCACCCAGUGCAGGAAGCCAGAGGACGGACUGCAGUUUGAGCCGCUGUCGGGCGCAAACGUCACCUCGGGCGAGUGUCUGUCCCGGUGCAGAGCCCAGUUUUACUUGGAGAUCACUGGACUGUGUGAAGCUUGCCAUCCGUCCUGUUCUGCGUGUGCAGGGACGAGCCCACACAACUGCACAGCCUGUUGGCCUUCCCACAUGCUGUUGGAUGGGGAGUGCCUCUCCCAGUGCCCAGAUGGGUACUUCAACCAGGAAGGCAGUUGUACAGAGUGCCACCCCACCUGCAGGCAGUGCCACGGCCCGUUGGAGUCUGACUGCAUCUCCUGCCACCCUCACAUUCCUCUGACUGCUGGGAGCUGCAGGGCCAGCUGUAAAGAGGAGCAGUUCCUCAACCUCGUGGGCUACUGUGCUGACUGCCACCCUCUGUGCCAUCACUGUGCAGCCGACCUCCAUGACACCGGGAGCGUCUGCCUGCAGUGCCAGAAUGCCCGGAACCUGCUGCUGGGGGACCGCUGUGUCCCUGAUUGCCCUUCUGGGUACUUCGUGGAGAGAGGAGCUUGUAAAAAAUGUCACUCCUCCUGCAGGACCUGCCAGGGCAGGGGUCCGUUCUCCUGCUCCUCCUGUGACACUGGCCAUGUUCUGUCCCACCUUGGCACCUGCAGUACCGCCUGCUUUCCUGGGCACUAUCUCGAUGAUAACCAUGUUUGUCAGCCAUGCAACAUGCAUUGUGGACGCUGUGAUUCACAGGCCAGCUGUACCUCCUGCCGAGAUCCAAGCAAGGUCCUGCUCUUUGGGGACUGUCAGCAUGAGAGCUGUGCCCCGCAAUACUAUCUGGACUAUUCCACCAAGACGUGUAAAGAGUGUGACUGGAGUUGCAAUGCGUGCAGCGGGCCUCUGAGGACAGACUGCCUCCAAUGCAUGGAUGGCUAUGUUCUCCAGGACGGCGCCUGCGUGGAGCAGUGCUCAGCGUCAUUUUACCGGGACCUGGGCCUCUGCAAGAGCUGUGAGAGCCACUGUCUCCAAUGCCAAGGUCCCCGUGAGUGCACCCGCUGUGAAGAGCCGUUUCUCCUCUUGGAAGCCCAGUGUGUCCAGGAAUGCGGGAAGGGUUUCUUUGCAGACCACGCUAACCACAAAUGCACAGCCUGCCCUAAGGGGUGCUUGCAGUGCAGCCGCAGAGACCGGUGUCACCUCUGUGACCAGGGCUUCUUUCUGAAGAGCGGUCUUUGUCUUUCCAACUGUGUUCCUGGCUUCUCCGCCCACUCUUCUAAUGAGACAUGUGCUGGCAAAAUACACACCCCUAGUCUUCACGUGAAUGGUUCCCUCACCCUUGCAAUUGGUUCAAUGAAGCCACUGGAUUUUUUCCUCCUGAAUGUUCAGGACCAGGGUGGCAGGGUUGAAGACCUACUGUUCCAUGUGGUGAGCACCCCCACCAAUGGUCAGCUCGUGCUUUCAAGGAACGGAAAAGAGGCUCAGCUCGACAAGGCUGGCCACUUCAGUUGGAGAGAUGUGAAGGAGAAAAAAGUCCGUUUUGUGCACAGCAGAGAGAAGCCCAGGAAAGGUUACUUUUCACUGAAAAUUAGUGACCAGCAGUUCUUCUCUGAGCCACAGCUGAUCAACAUACAAGCAUUUUCAACACAGGCCCCCUAUGUUCUGAGGAAUGAGGUCCUCCAUAUCAACAGAGGAGAGAGGGGAACCAUCACCACCCAGCUGCUUGACAUCAGAGAUGACGACAACCCACAGGAUGUGGUGGUCGAGGUGCUCGAUCCUCCACUUCACGGCCAGUUGCUCCAAACGCUCCAGACCCCGGUGGCCCCUGUCUAUCAGUUUCGUCUGGACGAGCUUUCUAGGGGCCUUCUCCAGUAUGUUCACGAUGGCUCGGAUAGCACUUCUGACAUCACAGUCUUGCAGGCCAAUGAUGGACAUUCCUUCCAAAAUAUACUGUUUCAUGUGAGGACCGUGCCCAAGAAUGAUCGAGGUCUUCGGCUUGUGGCUAAUUCAAUGGUAUGGGUUCCAGAAGGCGGGAUGCUGCAGAUUACUAACAGAAUCUUACAGGCAGAAGCUCCAGGUGCCAGUGCCUCAGAAAUCAUCUACAAAAUCACACAGGACCACCCCCAAUUUGGGGAGGUGGUCCUUCUGGUUAAUAUGCCUGCAGACAGCCCUGCAGAUGGAGGACAGCACUUGCCUGAUGGGAGGACAGCAACUCCCACCAGCACCUUCACCCAGCAAGAUAUCAACGAAGGCAUCGUGUGGUACAGGCACUCAGGGGUCCCAACCCAGAGUGACUCCUUCCGCUUUCAGGUGUCCAGCGCCACAGAGGCCCACGCCCAUCUGGAGAGCCGCCUGUUCAACAUCGCCAUCUUACCUCACGCUCUGGAAGCACCCCAACACUUUCCAGGAUCUUCUCUCCACAUGACAGCGCAGGAAGAUGGCCUGACUGUGAUUCAGCCUCAUUCUCUCUCCUUCGUAAACUCUGAGAGGCCAAGCAGAAAGCUAAUAUACAACAUCACUCUCCCUCUGCAUCCAAAUCAAGGCAUCAUCGAACACAGGGACCAGCCUCACUCUCCCAUCCGGUAUUUCUCCCAGGAAGACGUUAACCAGGGCAACAUCAUGUACCGUCCUCCCACUGCAGCCCCCCACCUCCAGGAGAUCAGGGCCUUCUCCUUUGCUGGUCUCCCAGAAUCGGUGAAAUUCCACUUCACAGUUUCUGAUGGAGAGCAGACAAGUCCAGAGAUGGCCCUCACCAUUCACUUACUUCGCACAGAUCAGUACCCACCAGUGUUCCAGGUCACAGCUCCUCUGCUUGUGGUCAGCCCAGGAGGCAGCACGUCUAUAGAACUUCGGCUGGUAGUACGAGACACGGAGACAGUGCCUGAAGAGCUCCUCUUUGAGCUUCGGAAGCCUCCACAGCAUGGCGUGCUUUUUAAGUACACAGCUGGGUCACCAGGGCCCAUGGCCACAGGUGACACUUUCACAUAUGAGGAUGUAGAGAAAAAUGUCCUGCGGUAUCUACACGAUGGCUCGUCUGCCCGGGAGGACAGCAUGGAGAUCUCGGUCACAGACGGCCUCUCAGCCACAACAGUGGACGUGAGGGUGAAGGUAUCACCGGCCGAGGCCUGGGGGCCCCGACUGGCUGCUGGUACCUCGCUGAGCGUCACGGUUGCCAGUAAAAGCACAGCUGUGAUCACUCGGUCACACCUGGCUUAUGUGGAUGAUUCUUCCUCCGACCCGGAGAUCUGGAUUCAGAUAACUUCUCUGCCCAUGUACGGUGCUCUCUUAAAAACCUCAGGACCUGAGGUGGAAGAACUCUCAGAGAUUUCUAAUUUCACAAUGGAAGACAUCAACAACAAGAAAAUUAGGUAUUCGGCCGCGUUUGAGACCGGCGGUCAUCCAGUUACUGACAGCUUCCACUUCUCUGUCUCUGAUAUGGACCACAACCGUCUGGACAAUCAGAAGUUUACCAUCACCAUCACGCCCGUCAAGGAUCCACCCCCAGUCAUUGCUUUUGCUGACCUUAUCACGGUUGACGAGGGAGGGAGGACCCCACUCUCUUUUCACCAUUUCUUCGCUGCUGCUGCUGAGGACAGUUUCCAGGAGGAUGCCAUCAUUAAGCUAAGCGCCCUGCCCCAGUACGGCUGCAUCGAGAACACGGGGACAGGUGAUCGGUUUGGCCCUGGAACUACCAGUGACCUAGAGGCAUCGUUCCCUAUUCAAGAUGUCCUGGAAAACUACAUUUACUACUUUCAGAGUGUUCAUGAAAGCAUUGAGCCAACCCACGAUAUUUUCAGUUUUUAUGUAAGUGAUGGAAACAGUCGAUCAGAAGUCCACAGCAUCAACAUCACCAUCGAGAGGAAGAAUGACGAGCCUCCCAGAAUGACCUUGAGGCCCCUUGGUGUGCAGCUGAGCUCAGGAGUGGUGAUAAGCAAUUCUUCUUUGAGCCUGCAGGACCUGGACACUCCAGAUAAUGAGCUGAUUUUUGUAUUGACAAAAAAGCCUGGCCACGGUCAUCUGCUCUGGAGGCAAACUGCUUCUGAACCUCUGGAGGAUGGGAGGGUUUUGGCCCAGGGCUCCUCCUUCACCUACCAAGAUAUCCUGGCUGGGCUAGUUGGGUACAUGCCUGGUGGUCCAGGUGUGGCAGUGGAUGAGUUCCAGUUCUCCCUCACUGAUGGCCUCCACACGGACACGGGGAGGAUGGAGAUAUAUAUAGAACUGCCUACAAUUGACAUCCCCUACCUGGCUGUAAACAGAGGCCUCCAACUCUCAGCAGGGUCCAUAGCAACCAUCACAGAUCGGCACUUGAAAGUGACGGCUCCUGACUCAGAUGACCACCAGGUGAUGUACAUCUUAAAGGAAGACCCUGGAGUAGGGCGCCUGCAGAUGGUAAAGCGUGACAGUCUGGAGCAGAUCUCCACUAGAGGCCCCAUCCGAAGUUUCACCCAGGCUGACAUCAGUCAAGGCCUUAUAGAAUACAGUCAUGGAAAAGGAGAAUCUGGUGGGAACUUUGCUUUUAAAUUUGAUGUGGUUGAUGGAGAAGGCAACAAACUGAUCGGCCAGUCAUUUUCCAUCAAUGUUUCAGAAGAAAAAUCCCCACCAGUCAUCAUCACCAAUAAAGGGCUGUUCUUGGAUGAAAACUCGGUGAAGAAGAUCACCACUCUGCAACUCUCUGCCUCUGACCAGGAGACGGAACCCACAGAACUGGUCUACCGAAUCACCAGAGAGCCCCAGCUGGGCCACCUGGAACAUACGGCAUCACCAGGCAUCCAGAUUAGUUCCUUUACGCAAGCUGACCUCACUUCAGGAAACGUUCAGUAUAUCCACUCCAGUGAGACUGAGAAGCAUUCAGAUGCCUUCAGCUUUACGCUCUCUGAUGGAGUCCACGAGGUGACUCAGACUUUCCGCAUCACUCUUCGCCCUGUGGAUGACGCGCUGCCCCACGUGCAAAACUUUGGGAUGCGGGUACAGGAGGGUGUGAGGAAGACCAUCACGGAGUUUGAGCUUAAAGCGGUGGAUGCAGACACAGAGGCCGAGUCUGUCAGGUUCACGGUCGUGCAGCCCCCACGCCAUGGCAUCAUCGAGCGAACCGCCGAUGGGCAGCCCUUCCAGCUCACGUCCACCUUCACCACGGAGGACAUCUACCAGAGCCGGGUCCGCUAUAGCCACGAUGGCAGCAACUCCCUCAGAGACCGAUUCACUUUCACCGUGGCUGACGGGACGAACCCUUUCUUCAUUGUUGAGGAAGGAGGAAAAGAGAUCAUAACAGCAGCACCUCAGCAGUUCUGGAUAGACAUCCUCCCAGUGGAUGAUGGCACCCCUAGGAUUGUUACCAACCUUGGGCUCCAGUGGCUGGAGUACAUGGAUGGCAAGGCAACCAACUUGAUCACCAAGAAGGAACUGCUGACCAUGGACCCAGACACGGAGGACCUGCAACUUGUCUAUGAGAUCACCACGGGCCCCAAGCAUGGCCACGUGGAGAACAAACUGCAGCCUGGCAGGGCAGUGGCUACCUUCACACAGGAGGAUGUGAACUUGGGGUUGGUUCGUUACGUGUUGCAUGAAGAGAAGAUCCAUGAGAUGAUGGAUAGUUUUCAGUUUCUGGUGAAAGACAGUAAACCCAAUGUGGUCAGCGACAACAUCUUCCAUAUCCAGUGGUCCCUCAUCAGUUUUAAAUAUACCAGCUACAACGUCAGUGAGAAAGCAGGGUCAGUGAGUGUCACGGUGCAGAGGACGGGGAACCUGAACCAGUACGCCAUUGUCCUGUGUCGCACAGAGCAAGGCACGGCCACCUCCAGCUCCCGGGUGGGCUCCCAGCCAGGACAGCAGGACUAUGUGGAGUAUGCUGGCCAGGUGCAGUUUGAUGAGCGAGAGGACACCAAGUCCUGCACCAUCGUCAUCAACGAUGACAAUGUGUUUGAGGAUGUCGAGAGUUUCACCGUGGAGCUCAGCAUGCCAGCGUACGCCCUACUAGGGGAGUUCACCCAGGCGAAGGUCAUUAUCAAUGACACUGAGGACGAGCCCACAUUAGAGUUUGAUAAGAAGACCUACCGGGUCAACGAGAGUGCUGGCUUUCUGUUUGCACCUAUUGAAAGAAAAGGGGAUUCAAGCAGCAUUGUAUCUGUGAUUUGCUACACGGUCCCCAAGUCAGCUAUGGGCAGUAGCCUCUAUGCUCUAGAAUCGGGCUCUGAUUUUAAAUCUAGAGGGAUGUCUGCCGAGAGUCGAGUGAUAUUUGGGCCUGGUGUCACCAUGUCCACCUGUGAUGUCAUGCUCAUCGAUGACAGCGAAUACGAAGAGGAAGAGGAGUUUGAGAUUGCCCUGACAGGUGCUUCCAACAACGCCCGCAUCGGAAGAAUGGCAUCGGCCAAGGUGCUCAUUGCUGGUCCCAAUGAUGCUUCUACCGUGUCCUUGGGCAACACGGCUUUUACCAUCAGCGAGGAUGCAGGGACAGUGAAGAUCCCAGUUGUCCGCCAUGGGACUGACCUUUCCACCUUCACGUCUGUCUGGUGUGCCACGCGGCCCUCAGACCCAGCGUCUGCCACCCCAGGGGUUGACUACGUUCCCAGCUCUAGGAAGGUGGAGUUCGGACCAGGUGUCACUGAGCAGUAUUGCACCUUGACCAUCUUGGAUGACACUCAGUAUCCAGUGAUUGAAGGGCUGGAGACAUUUGUGGUUUUCCUCAGCUCCCCACAAGGGGCCGAACUGACCAAACCCUUCCAGGCUGUCAUUGCAAUUAAUGACACAUUCCAGGAUGUGCCCAGCAUGCAGUUUGCCAAGGAUUUGCUCCUGGUGAAGGAGAAGGAGGGCGUCCUGCAUGUGCCCAUCAUUCGGAGUGGAGACCUGAGCUAUGAGUCAUCGGUGAGGUGCUAUACUCAGGGCCUUUCAGCUCAGGUCAUGGAGGACUUUGAGGAGAGAAGAAAUGCAGACUCUUCACGGAUUACGUUUCUCAAAGGGGAGAAAAUGAAGAACUGUACUGUCUAUAUCCACGAUGACUCCAUGUUUGAGCCUGAGGAACAGUUCAGGGUCUACCUCGGCCAUCCUCUUGGGAACCACUGGAGUGGAGCCAGAGUUGGAAAGAAUCACAUGGCCACCAUCACCAUAUCUAAUGAUGAAGACGCCCCUACCAUUGAGUUUGAAGAAGCUGCAUACCAAGUCCGGGAACCCUCAGGCCCAGAUGCCACGGCCAUUCUGAACGUCAAGGUGAUCCGCAGAGGGGAUCAGAACAGAACAUCCAAGAUUCGCUGUAGCACACGGGAUGGGUCGGCCCAGUCUGGUGUGGAUUAUUACCCGAAGAGCCGAGUCUUGAAGUUCAGUCCUGGUGUGGAUCACAUCUUCUUUAAAGUCGAGAUCCUGUCCAAUGAAGACCGGGAGUGGCAUGAAUCGUUCUCCCUAGUCCUUGGCCCGGAUGACCCAGUGGAAGCAGUUCUUGGUGACGUGACCACGGCCACAGUGACAAUUCUAGACCAGGAGGCAGCUGGGAGUCUCAUCCUGCCAGCACCGCCUAUUGUCGUUACACUUGCUGACUAUGACCAUGUGGAAGAGGUUACCAAGGAGGGAGUCAAGAAAUCCCCCUCCCCAGGUUACCCGCUGGUCUGCGUCACGCCCUGUGACCCCCAUUUCCCCAAAUAUGCUGUCAUGAAGGAGCGCUGCAAUGAGGCUGGCAUCAACCAGACGUCUGUGCAGUUCAGCUGGGAAGUGGCCGCCCCCACUGAUGGCAACGGGGCCCGGUCUCCCUUCGAGACCAUCACCGACAACACGCCAUUCACCAGUGUCAACCACAUGGUCCUGGACAGCAUUUACUUCAGCCGGAGGUUCCAUGUACGUUGUGUGGCCAAGGCUGUGGACAAGGUGGGCCACGUGGGGACCCCCUUGAGGAGCAACAUUGUCACCAUCGGAACAGACAGUGCUAUCUGCCACACUCCAGUAGUGGCUGGGACAGCCCGAGGCUUCCAGGCUCAGUCCUUCAUCGCGACCUUGAAAUACCUGGACGUCAAACACAAGGAGCAUCCCAACAGAAUCCACAUUUCCGUGCAGAUCCCACACCAGGAUGGAAUGCUGCCACUCAUCUCCACCAUGCCGCUGCACAACCUGCAUUUUCUUCUAUCCGAGUCCAUCUACAGGCACCAACACGUCUGCUCCAACCUCGUCACCACCCGGGACCUGAGAGGCAUCUCAGAGGCAGGGUUCCUGGACGACAAGGUCCAUGACAGCAUGGCACUGGGGCCUGGCUACGACCGCCCCUUCCAGUUUGACUCCAGCGUGCGGGAGCCAAAGACCAUCCAGCUCUACAAACACCUGAACCUGAAGAGCUGCGUCUGGACGUUUGAUGCCUAUUAUGACAUGACGGAGCUGAUUGACGUCUGUGGGGGGUCUGUAACCGCCGACUUCCAGGUGAGAGACUCAGCUCAGUCCUUCCUGACGGUGCACGUGCCACUCCACGUGUCCUACAUCUACGUGACGGCCCCCAGGGGCUGGGCCUCCUUGGAGCACCACACCGAGAUGGAGUUCUCCUUCUUCUAUGACACUGUUCUCUGGAGAACAGGAAUCCAGACGGACAGUGUGCUCUCUGCCAGGCUUCAGAUAAUAAGGAUCUACAUUCGAGAGGAUGGCCGUCUGGUUAUUGAAUUCAAGACCCAUGCCAAAUUCAGAGGACAGUUUGUGAUGGAGCACCACACCCUCCCUGAUGUGAAAUCAUUCAUACUGACUCCAGACCACCUCGGAGGAAUUGAAUUUGACCUGCAGCUCCUGUGGAGUGCUCAGACUUUCGAUUCUCCUUAUCAACUCUGGCGAGCUACAAGCUCUUAUAACAGGAAGGAUUACUCCGGGGAGUACACCAUCUACCUGAUCCCUUGCACGGUGCAACCCACACAGCCAUGGGCGGACCCAGGAGAAAAGCCUCUGGCCUGCACCGCACAUGCCCCAGAGAGAUUCCUGAUACCCAUUGCAUUCCAGCAGACCAACCGCCCUGUCCCUGUUGUGUAUUCGCUCAAUACUGAAUUUCAGCUCUGCAACAAUGAGAAGGUGUUCCUAAUGGACCCCAACACUUCUGAUAUGUCACUGGCAGAAAUGGAUUACAAAGGAGCCUUCUCGAAAGGUCAAAUCCUCUAUGGCCGAGUACUUUGGAAUCCAGAGCAAAACCUUAAUUCUGCUUACAAGCUCCAGCUGGAGAAGGUCUAUCUUUGUACUGGAAAGGAUGGCUACGUGCCUUUCUUUGAUCCCACAGGGACCAUCUACAAUGAAGGGCCACAGUAUGGAUGCAUUCAGCCAAACAAACAUCUGAAACACAGAUUCCUGCUGCUGGACCGCAGUCAGCCAGAAGUGACUGACAAGUACUUCCAUGACGUGCCCUUUGAGGCCCAUUUUGCUUCCGAGCUGCCUGAUUUCCACGUGGUCAGCAGCAUGCCAGGCGUGGAUGGAUUUACUCUGAAGGUAGACGCGCUCUAUAAGGUGGAAGCAGGACACCAGUGGUACCUUCAGGUGAUCUACAUCAUUGGUCCUGAUACCAUCUCAGGCCCCAGGGUCCAGCGCUCUCUCACGGCCCCUCUGAGGCGCCACCGAAGGGACCUGGCAGACCCCAGUGGCUGGCUGAGCCUUGACGAGUCCCUCAUCUAUGACAAUGAAGGAGACCAAGUCAAGAAUGGCACCAAUAUGAAGUCCCUGAACCUGGAGAUGCAAGAGCCAGUCGUAGCUGCUUCUCUCUCCCAAACCGGGGCGUCUAUCGGCAGCGCCCUUGCUGCCAUCAUGCUCCUACUUCUGGUGUCUUUGGUGGCUUGUUUCAUCACCAGGAAAUGCCAGAAACAGAGGAAGAAGCCGCCCACGGGGGACAUCCUGGAGGAAUACCCUCUGAAUACCAAGGUGGACGUGCCCAAGAGGGGCGCAGACAGGGUGGAGAAAAAUGUGGACAGACAGUACUGCACGGUGCGCAAUGUGAACAUCCUUGGUGAAGCCGAGCAUGCGUACGUGUUCAGAGGCGCAAAAGUAAAGAAAUUGAAUCUGGAAGUCAGAGUUCACAACAAUUUACAGGACGGAACAGAAGUUUAAUGGAGGAGACCCAUGUGUAUUUUUUUUUCUAAAGUCAUUUUUAUAAAACGGGGGGAAAAUACUGGUAUUUUUAUAAUCUUGCCAAUUAAAAAAGGGAAUACAAUAGCGUUCAGUGGCGGAAGGCAUACAUCACUUGCAUCAACUCACAACUGAGCUACCUCAUGGGACAAAGAACCACUGAGACCCCAGAGGAUGGAAGGAGUUCUUUCCGUGGAUCCCAUUAACAGUCUCUGCAGCAAAUUGUUCCUUCUGUAAGGCUAGUCUUGGAAAGCCAGUGUUCAGAGUUAGGACUGGACUUAGGUCAGCAGAGGGAGCGCACAGGGAUGUACUGAAAGGUCUCAAAGGCAGAAAGUGGCGGGGGGGGGGGGGUGAGGGGGCAGUGCUUUUGGUCUCCACUCCCCUACCCUCCCCUCUAGCUCCAGCUCCCUUCUGCUUGCGCUUUUCUUGGGCGUCUGGACCGCAGAGUUCACAUUGCUGACGCACAGAUUCCACUCAGAAUUCUGCUAAUAAGCACCUAUGUGUUUGCUCAUGUGUCCAGUUGACAGUCUGCACUCUACAUCCUCCGACUGUACUUUGCAUCACCAACCCUUUUCACCUGGGGCUUUAAACUGCUCUGGACUAGAGCAUUUCUCCGAGAAACCUCAGACUCUCCUGUCAGGCAUCAGGCAUGGGGGAAACCCCCUCCCACUUUAUGGAGGGGGCACUGAAACCUGGGGGGAAGGAGGGACCUGGCAGGUGUCUCAGAGCACAUCAGAGAGGCUCUGCGCCCUCGGCCCGGAGGAUUUCCUUGUACCCAGCUGGUUUACACUGCAGCCAGGAGACAUCCUCCCUGGAACAGGACGGCUGCCAGGCAAGAUCGCUCCACUGUGCCCCUUUAGCCAACGUUGCCUGUGGGUGCUUAACACACCUACCACAGUUCCUGCUGCCCCAGGCUUUUCCCAGUCCGGUAAUAGACAAGCCCUGUGCUUUGCUAGCUGUGGGGCUUUUAUUUUGUUAGGGCUUCAGAGAAGUCAGUGAUUUGUUUGAAUAAAGCCAGUCAGGAGAAAGCUCAGGCCCCAAGUAAAAUGGGAGUUGAGGAUUCCCUGGUACUCACAGCACAAAAGGGCUAGUGCUCACAGCAGACGGAGUACUCGCUCAGCAAAUACAGGCAGGGCUUCCGGUACAGUAUUUCAGGGAUUUCUCUUUUGAGGGUUCUUUUUUUGGUAGCUCAGGCACUUAUUUUACCAUAUUAGCACAGCACAUGACAAGGCCAUGAACACAUGGCCCUAAAAUGAUUUAGUGUUCGAAUAGCAGCUUAAUGAUGUAGUACGUAGUGUGCACACCACUUGCUUUUGUGUUGUUUUGUUUCUGCUGAGUUGGCAAAAACAUAAGCCUGCAUGUCAUGUUGUUUUGAACUGGAGGCACCUUUCUGUUGUUCGAGAGUAAAAGACACUUCCCCUUCCUGACACCCAUCACACCUUUACUGCUGAGCAAAUCGCAGAGCAUUCACAUGUGUAAUAUUUGUAUUAGAGUUGAGCCUCACUCUGAGAACAUUCCACAUUGGAAGCACUUUGGUACUCAGAGCUAGAAAGAAUGAACCAUGUAAGGUUUCAAGCAUCUCUGUUGGAGUCCAAGCUCCUUGAGAGGAGGGCGGGUGUGAGGCAUGCCUUGGGUUCUCCAGCAAAGCCUGGCACAUCACAAGCACUCCAGGAAUAUGUGUUAAGUGAACAAAUAAAUGGUGUCAUGGGUGAAGGAUAGAGGAGUCAAUUUAGGGCAGGGGACAGAGAGUAUGGUGCCAAUAUCAUAAGGGCAAGUAGAGAAGAAAAAAAAACCUCUCCUGCUUGGAUCAUAAAAUAGUCUUCUCACUGGGGCAGAGAAGCACCACUUCACACAGGCAUGAAUCUGGCAUGGACUUGAGGAGGACUGAACUGAGAAGCUGGAAUAGCAUGUUAACAGGAGGUGAGACUGUGAGUCAGUCUCCUGGGCAGGACAGUUGGAGGAGAGUUUGAUGAGCAUUCCAAGAUGAGUGUGAGGCUUCCCUGGUGGCUCAGAGGUUAAAGCAUCUGCCUGCAAUGCAGGAGACCUGGGUUCGAUCCCUGGGUCGGGAAGAUCCCCUGGAGAAGGAAAUGGCAACCCACUCCAGUAUUCUUGCCUUGAGAAUCCCAUGGACGGAGGAACCUGGAGGGCUACAGUCCACGGGGCCGCAAAGAGUUGGACACGACUGAAUGACUUAACUUUCUAACUUUCCAAGGUGAGUGUAAGUUUCUAAGGAAGGGAGAGUUGGAGAGAUUGGGCCCCCAAACUCGAUUCUCCUGCCUGCUCAGGUAAGACCUGCUGGGGUGUUUGGAGGUAGAAUGUCUCUACUGGCCUCAUGAACACCAAGAACUGUGUUUCAUGACUAAAGAGUUCAUCAACCCAGCACAGAAUUCUCUCCAGAGCAAUGAAGUUAAGAACCCGCCUGCCAAAGCAGGAGACACAGAUUCGAUCCCUUCAUGGGGAAGAUCCCCUGGAGAAGGAAAUGGCAACCCACUCCAGUAUUCUUGUCUGGAGAAUCCCAUGGACAGAGGAGCCUGGUGGACUACAGUCCGUGGGGUCUCAAGAGUCAGAUAGGACUUAGCAACUAAACAAAAACAACCUAUAUUAGAAGGUUGCCACUAUUUCUGCCAGAACAGAGCCAGACACUCGCGGAGCAACUUUUGAUGUGGCCUGUUGUGUCUCACCACUCCUAGAUGCCUGAGUGCUUACAUGUGAAAGCAGCAGCUUCCCACUUGCUGGGAGAGCCUUCUGGCAUGGCCCUUCCGAUCCUACUAAACAGGGCACGUGAGUGGGAAGAGUGAGGACAGGAGGCAGAAGGGGGCUGGUGUGGGAAGGAGUGGAGGCUGAUCUCAGCGCGCUCCUAGCAGCCUCUGUGGAAGGGUCUCAAGUGACCCUUGAGAUAGUGAGUUGUCAGUGUGAAAGGGAAGUCCUUGGGAUCAUUUGUGCCCCCCUUCCUUUCUAUCCUCCACCCCCACCACUUACACUUGAUCUUUCUCUAGUGGAUGCACACAUGUGAAAUAGGAGGUGUGCAGAGAUGUAAAGCAGAGAUGUACUGCUUCAAUACAGAAUUUUUCAUUUCAUUUUAUACAUCAUAUGAAGAAGCAGAAAAUUUGCUGACUGACCUGGGAUGCUAUUCCAGUCAAAGCUCUCCUUUCAAUUCUUCUAACUUGCUCACUAAGGCCGUGUGUGUGUUUUACUAACCUUUCCUACCAUGCCUUUAGGUGAACAGGAACAAAAGCCCCUCAGGGGUUGCUAUUUGCUAUCACAAGCUGGCUGUGAAGGUUCAAAGAAAGAAGAGUCUGCACCUUUGCCCUCUGAUUGUGCCCCAGGCCUCCUGGCCUCGUGUGGAUUGAUAUGGGGAGAUGCGGAAAGAGUGUGGGAAUGUGUUUGCACAAUCUUACGAUGUCUAGUCUUGGUGUACCCUAGGUAUUCAUUCCCAGAUACUACACACCUGCUCAGACUUGAGUAAAACAUCUGUGGUGCUGUCAACCUGAUUCCUUGACUCUGAAAUGAUUUUUGUAUUUCCAGUACCAAUCUGUGUGUUAUGAAUUUCUGAUUUCUCCAAUAGCAUAUGCCACUAUAUAAAUUUGUAUUAAUAAAUGGCAGUCUGUGUUUUA